AUGCCCCGCAACCCCACCUCUGAACAUUUCAACGAACGUCUACAAGCUAUAUCCUCACAAAUUACCCCUCAAUCAACAUCUGCUUUGCACAUAACAGAAAUGGCAGAAAGGGAUCCAAUUACAUGUCAUGCUCUCGACACUACUACUGGUCGACCAGCUUCGGGAAUCAGUGUCUCUUUAAUCUGCCUUUCCGAAGAGUCCACCAUCUUUCGUGCGAUAACAAAUGCCGACGGUCGAAUCGCUAAUUGGCGUAAUGAGCAAGAGAAUGUCACGUCCAAGAAAGUCGGCGAAUUGAUUGUUGAAGGGGGAAAGUUGAAGAUUCAGAAUCUGCCAAUGGGUUCUAGCAUGUGGAAACUUCGAUUUGAGACCGGCGCAUAUUAUGGUUACGAAAACACUUUCUUCCCUUGUGUUGAACUCAACUUCGUAGUUAAGGAAGGAGAGCAUUUCCACGUUCCGCUACUAUUGGGACCAUACAGUUACACGACUUAUCGAGGAAGCUAG